GGGUGAGAGCUCAUUUUCUGUUUGCACAAUUGCCUGGCUCCUCUGGCCAAAGGGUGCUCUGCUUCUGGCAGCUGAGGAUCCCAGUAGACAGUUUCUUAAACCAUGGCCUUCCCUGUGGGAUUUGGAUGGGCGGCAGCCACUGCGGCUUAUCAAGUAGAAGGAGGCUGGGAUGCAGAUGGAAAAGGCCCUUGUGUCUGGGACACAUUUACUCAUCAGGGAGGAGAGAGAGUUUUCAAGAACCAGACUGGCGAUGUAGCUUGUGGCAGCUACACUCUGUGGGAGGAAGAUUUGAAAUGUAUCAAACAGCUUGGAUUGACUCAUUACCGCUUCUCUCUUUCCUGGUCACGUCUGUUACCUGAUGGGACGACAGGUUUCAUCAACCAGAAAGGAAUUGAUUAUUACAACAAGAUCAUUGAUGAUUUGUUAAAAAAUGGGGUUACUCCCAUCGUGACACUCUACCACUUUGAUUUGCCUCAGGCUUUAGAAGACCAAGGAGGUUGGUUGUCAGAGUCUAUCAUUGAAUCCUUUGACAAAUAUGCUCAGUUUUGCUUCAGUACCUUUGGGGAUCGUGUCAAGCAGUGGAUCACCAUAAAUGAAGCUAAUGUUCUUUCCAUGAUGGCAUAUGAGUUAGGUAUGUUUCCUCCAGGUAUCCCUCACUUUGGAACUGGAGGUUAUCAGGCAGCUCAUAAUUUGAUUAAGGCUCAUGCCAGAUCCUGGCACAGCUAUGAUUCCCUGUUUCGAAAACAGCAGAAAGGUAUGGUGUCCCUAUCACUUUUUGCGGUCUGGUUGGAACCUGCAGAUCCCAACUCAGUGUCUGACCAGGAAGCUGCUAAAAGAGCCAUCAAAUUCCAUCUGGAUUUCUUUGCUAAACCCAUAUUCAUCGAUGGUGAUUAUCCUGAAGUUGUCAAGUCUCAAAUUGCCUCCAUGAGUCAAAAGCAAGGCUAUCCAUCAUCGAGGCUUCCAGAAUUCACUGAAGAAGAGAAGAAAAUGAUCAAAGGCACUGCUGAUUUUUUUGCUGUGCAAUAUUAUACAACUCGCUUAAUCAAAUACCAGGAGAACAAGAAAGGAGAAUUAGGUAUUCUCCAGGAUGCGGAAAUUGAAUUUUUUCCAGAUCCAUCUUGGAAAAAUGUGGAUUGGAUUUAUGUGGUACCAUGGGGAGUACGUAAACUACUGAAGUAUAUUAAGGAUACAUAUAAUAACCCUGUAAUUUAUAUCACUGAGAAUGGGUUUCCCCAGAGUGACCCAGCGCCUCUUGAUGACACUCAACGCUGGGAGCAUUUCAGACAGACAUUUCAGGAACUGUUCAAAGCUAUCCAACUUGAUAAAGUCAAUCUUCAAGUAUAUUGUGCGUGGUCUCUUCUGGAUAACUUCGAGUGGAACCAGGGAUACAGCAGCCGGUUUGGUCUCUUCCAUGUUGAUUUUGAAGACCCAGCUAGACCCCGAGUCCCUUACACAUCGGCCAAGGAAUAUGCCAAGAUCAUCCGAAACAAUGGCCUUGAAGCACAUCUGUAGGCAAGAUGGCUGAGAGAUACAGGAGAGGUCUCUGCUUUUGAAAAGGAGAUCUGCUUCGGUGAUGAUCUUUCAGGCAAUCUCAACUUACUUCUGUAAUCAACAUCUAAUAUCAGUGGAUCUGUGAUUAUAAAGUCUGAAUAUGUAAUGCCUCAUGAAGUAUUUAAUAAUAGCCUUUACUUUAUUUGUAUUCGGAUCAAUUAGGUUUUUAAAAAAAGUAGAAGAGAAAAUCACUAACCUUGAUUUUUAUAUUGCAAAAUCAGGUAGACCUGGAAACAUAAAUUUAAAUCCUUAGAUAUUUUUCUAGAAAAAAAAUGCAACGUUUAUAAAGAUAAUAUACCCAUGAUUUGCAACUGUAACAGGUGAUCAUUUAUUAUAAGAGUACCUGUUUGUGAACUUAAUCAUUCCGGUUCCAUAAGCUAUUUUUGCUUAGGAGAUCCACUGUCAUGUGAUCCAUAAUUUUUCUACAUAAAAAAAUCAAAGUUAAAAGUUAGUCACAUUAUACAGUUAUGCAUUCAUUUCAACAAAAUAGUGAAUUGAUAAUCUAUUUGUUAAUACAUUCGGCACAUAUUUUGUGUGUUUGGACAAGUACAUCUCCCUUUUGCCUAAUGAACUUUUGAAAAGUAAUAAAAUAAUAGAAUAGAUUAGACUUUCAAUGGCAGAAAAA